AUGGAGCGCCUACUUCUGCGUAAGCGAUCAAACUCUGCCACAUCCACGGCGCCCAGCGAUCAGAAGCCGCGGGAGGAUAAGAGCGCUCCAUAUCGAGACCAGCGCUAUAAGACCCUCCUCGAGGUCAAAGGCAGCUAUAUGAGCUAUAUGAUCGAGUCCCUGUUAGACUUGGCCAGUGCUAGCCAAGCUCUUUGCCGGUCCCUUCUCGAGACGAUGCAGCCAGUUCCCGGCCACUCCCUCUUCCGCGACGACAUCUUCAAAGCCACAUGGUGGAACAACUCGAUCCCCUUUACUGAACCUCGUCCCCAACCCGACUACUCCGUUGGCUUCAGGCGAGAGGCCUUCACCGAGGAGCAGCUCACCAAACUAUCGCCAUUCCUUGGCGACUUCAUUGCUGGAGACCAGUCCCUCUUUAUGACCACCUACUAUAUGUAUUUCCCGUUCCUGACAUGCGAGGUGAAGUGCGGCGCCGCGGCGCUCGAUAUUGCGGACCGCCAAAACGCUCACAGUUUGACACUCGCAGUAAGGGCUAUCGUUGAGCUUUUCCGUGCCGUGAAGCGCGAGGACGAAGUCCACCAGCAGAUCCUUGCUUUCUCUAUCUCGCACGAUUAUUGCUCUACAUGGAUGCCUACACACUUUAAGAAAAUCUGCUCGGCCAUCGACGAGCUGCCAUCGAGGAGUCCAGUUAAAAAGGCCUAG